AUGGGACACCCCAAUGAGUCCUCGGUGACGUAUUUUAUUAUUAAAGGGAUAUCGGACGCCCCCGAGCACCAGCUUCCGAUCUUCCUCCUGGUUCUUCUCAUCUGUCUCGUCACUCUUGGGGGCAACCUGACCAUCCUGCUCCUCGUCUGUGUCGAUCGCCGCCUGCACACCCCCAUGUACUUCUUCCUGGGGAACUUGUCCACCCUGGAUAUGUUUUCCACCACGGUCACUCUACAUCGGGUCCUCCUGAAUUACAUCACCGGCAACAAGACCAUCUCCUUUCCCUCUUGCAUGGCCCAAGUGUAUUUCUUCUCGAGCUUUACCAGCGAUGAGCUUCUGCUCCUGGCGGCCAUGAGUUAUGACAGAUACGUCGCCGUCUGUAUGCCCUUAAAUUAUCUGCUGGUCAUGAAUCAAAGGAGGUGUCUUCUUUUGGCCAUCGUCUGUUGGGUUUUGGGAUUAUUGCAUGUCAUCCCAUACGUAGUUUUACUAUCGGGAUUCUCCUGCUACCAAUCUAAUCUCAUCGACCAUUUCUACUGCGACCUCGUUCCCAUCAUGAAACUCUCGUGCAGCGACACUUCAGCUCUGGAGUUCUUAAUUUAUACAGACGGUCUGUUGCUCUUAAACCUCACGCCUUGCCUUCUCACCGUCGUCUCGUACGGGUUUAUUAUCGUCGCUGUAUUGCGAAUACGUUCGGACGUCGGGCACCGCAAAGCUUUCUACACGUGCUCCUCACACCUGGCGGUUGUCAUGUCCCUCUACGUGACCCUCGGAUGCCAAUAUCUGACGCCAGCGUCCGGAAACGCCGUGGUCUCUUACAAAUUGUUCUCUCUCUUUAACACGGCUGCCGUCCCCAUGUUGAACCCUCUGAUUUAUAGCUUAAGAAACAGGGAGGUGAAGUCCGCCUUAGGACAAAAGCUUAAAUGCUUAAAAGCAGGCUGGUAA